CAGCUUCCUUCCUCUUGGAACAAUUUUUUUUAUUUAUAUAAAUAAGAGAGCCCUGGCUGGUCUGUGUAUGUAUGUGAGUGAGUCUCGCUUUGCCUGCCUUCUUGUUUCAGAUCCGCAUUUGCAAUCAGCAGCAACCAGAAGGGGGGUUUGGGUUUAAUUUGAUCACAACACAGACACACAAGGAAAAAAAAACACACACACCACACAGAUCCGAGAUCGGGAGCAAUUAAAGACGAUGAGUGAAUCUAGUGCAAAAUCCAGCCAGCCCUUGGCUUCCAAACAGGAGGAGGACGUGUCUGAGAAGAGAGGACGGGGACGACCCAGGAAGAAGCCUCAGCAGGAACCCAGCGAGGCACCAACCCCCAAGAGACCACGUGGCAGACCAAAGGGGAGCAAAAAUAAGGCCACUUCUAAAGGCAGGAAAGCUGCAGUAACACCUGGGAGGAAACCUCGAGGCCGGCCCAAAAAAUCGCAGAAGGACGAAGAGGAGGUGAACGUUUCGCAGGAGUCAUCCGAAGAGGAGCAGUGAAAACGCUUGAACCUGGCACUACCUCAUCAUUCAACUUACCCAUUUCUCGUCAAGUUCUUGGACUGAGGAAGGAACGAAACAAAACAAAAAUCCUUGGUGGGGUUUUUUUUUUC